AUGCGGAUCGCGAACGUAGUGUUCGUUUUCUUUCUGCACUGGCGGUAAGUGUGUAAUGAACGAGGGCACUUUUGAAGCCAUUAUUCUGUGUGUUAUAAACUGUACAUAAGACACGUCGAGCUUUGAGUGAGGAUGAGAGCUGUCUUUUGGCUCUGCAGUACAUGUCGCUUCAGUCGUGUGUGUAACUGUUUAGUAAUUUGAGUAAACUGUAAUACUGAUGUCACACAGCGACUCUGAAAGUGACAUUUGGGAAUACAAACCUCUGAAGAAGACUAAAAGACCAGACAGAUCUAGUGAAGAUGGACCAAAGCGACGGAGGCUGGCAAAGAAAAAGUCAGACAGGACGUGCAGAGGGAGUAGACUGAGCAGGGCUGAGCCCAAGACAGAGAUUGAUCCAUGUCCAGAGAGUGAAUCUGUUCAAGUGACCAAGGCAGAUGGACCACUAACCAGAUCCUCCCUACCAUCCGGUUCACAGUCAGCUGAAGUGCAUGAUGGGUCAUCAUCAGAGCAGCACCCUCAGUCCAGGGGUUACUGCCCUGUCUGUCAAAUGCCAUUUUCCAUUUUGGUAGUCCAGACAACACAAUGGCAUGUUGCUGAAUGCCUGGAGAACCCUGGAGAAACAAGCCAAGAAUGUCUAGAUGGCCUACAGUGCUCCUCCUCCAUUCCAAACCACUACAAGAGGUACAGCCAUUCUCUUUUAGCUCACAGUCGAGCACUAAAUGCCACGGAGUCUGCAUCUUCAGUACUGGGCCACACGCCUAGAUUCCAUUUGGAGCAGCAGAUAUUUAAUAAUGCUACCAUUAUCUCUAGUAAAGAUAGCUUUGUGGACAGUGCUGUCAAUCUGUCCACUGCAUCCAGCCAGAGUGCCUUUCCUGCUCAUGGAUCCAGAGAAUCUCAUACUCCUGUCCGUCCUAAUGCGUUGCAGCUCUUGCGCUCACCAGGGCCUGAAGAUAUUAAGAAAAAGAAAGGCUGGUCUCCUUCUACUAUAGGACCUAGAUGUCACGCCUCAUCUCAGGAAGCUAAAAUUAGCAUGUCAACCCCAGUGAAAUCUGGAAACGUAAGCCAUGAUGUUCAAACCAGAGAAGUAAAAGAGGAACGAUGUACUUUAAGUGAUGAGGAUUAUAUCUCAUACUCUCCUCUUUCUGAGCUCCCUGCUGAAAUGGAAGAGAAGCAGAUCAAGAAAAAACUGUUUCACAGUACAGCACUAGAUGAUGAGAAUGAGAAAAAUGACAGUUCUGCUUCACUGAUAUUGUUCAAUAAUAGUGAACCGAGUGAUGAUGAUCUGUUUGCUGAUGUCUUAGAUGAGUAUGAAAUCAAAACAGCCACAAGCCAAGGAGAUCCAGUCAUUAAGGAGUCUCCGUACACCUGUGACCAGUUAGAAUCAUUAGAGUCACAUGAACAUUUGACAGCUUCCAGCUGUGCAGGCUCAACUGAUGGACCUCAUCAGUCCAGUUCCCUUUUUAGGCACUCAAAAGAAAAAGACAUGCAUGUAAUGAAAGAUAGGGACGAUAAUUCUCGGCUACAGUCUCCUCAAAGUCUGGUCUUGGAACGUCUUCGUGACUGCAUAUCGAAUGCUGCGCAGGUCAACGGUCUUAAUUCUACUUGUGUUGAUAUCGAGUCUGAUUCUUUGAAUCAGGAAAUGUCUUCCACGCAAACAGUUUUGGCCAUGAGGAAACAAACUCUUUCCAUAACACCCAAAAAACCCCAGACCAAGGCAGGAACGUCUGGAUUAAAGCAAACUGAUAUUGGAGUCUUUUUUGGAUUGAAGACUCUGAAAGAAAAGAGAGAGGAAGCUAGCACAGCUGUUGAACAGAAAUUCCAGGUGAGCUGUUCUUCAGGGAAGAGCUCAGGAACUGCAGAGCGACAGAGUAGACGGAGGAAGAAUACAGCAGUAUCUGAAGUGACCAGGACAAGGGAAGAAGCAAAAGAAGGAGCUGUUCAGCCUACGCAAACAGAAGGCAACCGAGACGAGAGGGCAUGGGGGAGGAGGAGGUGGAACAGAACAAGAGCGGCAGAUGGAGGAGCAGAAGAGCUCAAACGAUGCCCGUUCUACAAGAAAAUCCCUGGAACAAGCUUUGCCGUGGAUGCGUUUCGGUAUGGGAAUAUCAAAGGCAUCACAGCCUACUUCCUCACACAUUUCCACUCUGAUCACUACGACGGAUUGAAGAAAACCUCAACUUUUCCUAUCUAUUGCAAUAAAAUAACGGGCAACCUGGUGAAGAGUAAACUACAUGUGGAUGAGCAGUACAUCCAUGUUCUUCCAAUGAAUGAGGAAUGUGUAGUCAGUGGCGUAAAGGUUAUCCUACUAGAUGCCAAUCAUUGUCCAGGUUCAGCCAUGCUGCUGUUGCUGCUGCCAGAUGGCCAGACUGUGCUCCACACAGGUGAUUUCCGGGCACAUCCAUCCAUGGAACGCUACCCAGAGUUGCAGGGUGUCAGGAUUCAGACAGUUUAUCUGGACACCACGUACUGCAGUCCAGAAUAUGCAUUUCCCACACAGCAGGAAGUGAUCACCUUUGCUGCUAACACAGCCUUCGAGCUGGUCACACUCAACCCUCGCACGCUGAUUGUGUGUGGCACCUACUCUGUGGGAAAGGAGAAGGUGUUCUUGGCCAUUUCUCAGGUGCUGGGUUCUAAGGUCUAUAUGUCCAAAGAUCGUUACAGGACCAUGUGCUGUCUAGAGUCGGAGCACAUUUACCAGUGUAUUACCACAGACGUAAAGGGAGCUCAGGUCCAUGUUCUUCCCAUGAUGCAGCUCACUUUCAAGAAUUUAAAAGCCUACUUCAACAAGUUUUCUGCGACGUAUGAUCAGCUGGUGGCAUUCAAGCCCACAGGCUGGACCUUCACUCAGAAAGCGGGUGUGGAGAACAUACAACCUCAAGUCAAAGACAACAUCAGUGUUUAUGGUAUUCCAUACAGUGAGCACAGUAGCUACUUGGAGCUGAAACGCUUUGUGCAAUGGCUGCGGCCCCUGAAGAUCAUACCCACAGUGAAUGUGGGAAGUUCAAGCAGCAGGAAGGCCAUGAGCAACUGCUUCAGUGAGUGGCAAGCUGAGGUUCAAGUACAGGACCAAGGAGUGACCACUCCUGUACAAGACAGUAACUGAUCACUGCCUCACCACAGUUCAGAAUUUGGCCAAGUAGUCAAAUUGUGUAUUCAGGUACCAAAUGCAAGCCUGGUUAUAAGCAAAAUCUCUUCACAUUUAAAGAAAUGCAGAGGAAAAUUUUGAACCACGGAUUCAUAGGGCCUGGUGGUAUUUCUUCCCACCCCCCACACACAGUGUUUUAUGGUGAUGCCAUUUCCUCAUUCUAAUGCAGAAAUGAAUGUCCUUGUCUUAGUUACCAAAGUACAGUAAUUAGGAAUGAAUGUGCUGAAUCUGAGGUUCAUUCACAAGUGGACCAAUAUCUGUUCCGGUACAUUUCCUGUGAUGUAAUGCCCCAUUGUUGGCUUGUUUGACUAAUAUUUAUGAAUAUUUUAAUUAAAAAAAAAUUUUAAUAUAGAAAUA